GAUUUACCUCGGAAUUUUCUGAGAAAGGUCAUGGCUCUGAAUGGGACAGCCAGAAGCACAACCAUAAUGCCCAGCACAUCUGAGGAACAAGGAAGCAAUCAAGAAAAGGAACAGAGUAUCGAUGAAACAAUUUUCUCUCACAGUGACCCUGACACUACUGAUUCUCUGCACCCCCUUGAUGUUAUUUGUGCUGUUCUGCUUUGCUCAGACAGUUUCCUACAUCAGGAGAUCCUAUCCAGAAUGUCCAUGUGCCAGUUUUCCCUCCCUCUACUGUUACCAGCCAUCAACACCCCCAAGGGCACCCUACUGCUGUGGGCCAUGAGGAACAUUGUGAGGAAGUGGAGGCCUCACUCCCUGGCAGAGAGCAGAGGGUUCAGGGAGGAGAGUCUGGUGCUCACCAAAAUGCCAACCAUUUCCUUUGUGCGGUUGGGGAGCUGCAGCUUCUCCAAGUCCAAACUCCUCAAUAUGCUUCUUAGUUCCUCCCAACAGCACCACGACUUCUUUAUCCAUCGGGACAUGGAGUCUGGGAAUGUCCUUCGGGAAAUUGCAGAUGGGCUGGUCGAGAUAUCCUGGUAUUUCCCUGGUGGAAGGCAGAAUUUGGAUCUUUUCCCAGAGCCCAUUGCGAUUACAAACCUGCAUGGAGACAUUGAGUCACACUGGCUGCAGUUUCACUUUUUAACAGAGAUCUCCUCAGCAGUGUUCAUAAUUACUGAGAGCAUCAAUGAGAGAGAAUACGAGCUGUUAUCAUCUCUGCAGCAAUCAAGAGCUAAAUUCUACUUCAUCCUUAAUCCUCCAGAUGAGAAAUGUACUGAAAUUCUACAACCUCUUAGAAACUUAGCCCCACUGCUGAAGUUCAACAAAUCACACCUAUUGGUAAAAAAUGGUGCCCCAAAUAAGGCAGAAUUUGUGAAAAAGGUGCAAUCCACCAUAAGAAGCAUAAUGAACUCCACUCACAAGAGAGUGAAUGUGGAAGAAAUGGCCAUGACAGCACGUAACAUAGGAAUCCAAGUAGAUGAGGAUUGUGAGGAAUGUCAGAGGGCAAAAGAGUGGACUGAAGAAAUCACUGGGGAAAUAGAAGAUAUUGCAAAGUACAAGAGGAAAAUGCUCAGACUCCAGGGGAAACUCUGGAAAGAUUUAGCUGAAGUGGAGAAACAGCUGUACGGAGUGAAAGGGCAAAAUGGCAACCCUGUGGAGAUCGAUAAAUCUAAACUGAAAGAGAAAUGGUUGGAGCUACGUACAGAGCAGAAUAAAUGUGAUUUUACUAGUGGCCUAACUAAAUUUACUGAAGGAAUUGGGCAUCAAGAUGCAAUGGGGAAACAUUACUUCCUGAAGUGGUUUAAAUUGAAUCUGGAUUGCAUUGUUAGGGGAAAUCUUUCUAAAUUGCAAGAUGAAUAUGAGAGGACACGUGAUCCCAUAUUAUUAGCAGAACUAGAUGAAUCACUCUCUGACAGUUCCUUAGGGGUGGAGCAUUUCAUGCUUGAGUUGGGACAGUUUUAUGAAGCUGAAUGCUCAAUGGUCAAGGAAGGCAAAAUGCUAGAAAGCCAAAGAAAAUUCAGCCAGUUUCCAGACAUUGCGGCUGACCUGAUGUUGGAAGGGUUUCCCAUGGAGCUGCUCAAUGGGGAUGCAUCCAACAUCCCACUGCAGUGGGUUACAGAUGUAUUGACUCAUCUCCAUAUCAAGUUGGGGGGAAAGUCCAAAAUGCUGGUUCUAGCGGUGCUAGGAGUGCAGAGCACUGGGAAAUCCACCCUCCUCAACACCAUGUUUGGCCUGCAGCUUGCAGUGAGCAGUGGCCGAUGUACACAAGGAGCCUUCAUGUCACUCAUUAAAGUUACAGGAAACUUAAAGGAGGAUCUUCAUUGUGAUUUCAUCCUGGUUAUAGACACACAAGGUUUGAAAGCCCCUCAACUGGCCCAAAUGGAGAAUAAUUAUGAACGUGACAAUGAGCUGGCCACACUGGUGAUUGGGUUAAGUGACAUAACAAUCAUUAACAUUGCCAUGAAAAAUGCAACAGAAAUGCAUGAUAUUCUGCAAAUUGUGAUUCACUCAUUUCUCAAAACGGAGGAAAUUGGGCAGAAGCCCACCUUCCAAUUUGUGCAUCAUAACAUCAAUGAUGUGUCUGCAGAAGAACAAAACACGAGAAACAGGAAAUAUCUUGUGGAACAGCUGAAUGAAAUGACCAAACUUGCAGCAAAGAAAGAAAAAGGAUCCAGAGAAGUGGCAUUUUCUGACAUCAUGGACUAUGUCCCAGAAAAGCAUAAUUGGUACAUUCCCAGCAUGUGGCAUGGAGUCCCUCCCAUGGCUCAAGUGAAUAUAGGAUACAGUGAGAGUGUGUGCGAACUGAAGAAAUUCUUGGUUGAUCAUAUGAGAAACCGUUCACUUAACACGGCUCCCAAAGACAUUCCCCAGUUUAAUGGAUGGAUGACAAAGCUGUGGUACUUUGUGAAAUAUGGAAAAUCCCCUUUAACCAAGAAUUUUGUAACUGAAUUCCUAUAA